UCUUCUCUGGGCUGAAAAUACUUUUUCUGGCACUUUUUUCAUCGCCCACGCAAAUCACGUGGCACUCUUCAGCCGAAAACGCAUCCUUUACCCAGUUCACACAGUCGUCGGCUGCCCAUGCUUUUCUUGCCCAGAGUGCUUCUGACUUCCAGCUGUUAGAAACGGUCCUUCUCCUUCCCAUUGGGCGUAACAAUUGCCAAAAAUAAACCACCAAGACAGUCCCUAAAAGGCCGCUCGUACCGCCUCAAGACCUAUGGUCUGCUAUCCUGACUUUGCUUUUCGGACCGUCAGCUUAUGGCAACUCGUCGCGCCACCACGCAUACCUUGCCUCCCGAGCUGGGGUAAUCUCCGCAGAAACUUGGGAUUGGGUCGCUUAUUACCGUGCCAGCUGUCGUUUUUGCGCACCGGCUAAUUCACGCGUGGAAAGAGGGAACAGGAACCUUCUACAAUGGGGGCCGUGUAGAUGUCCCACCCGAUCGGGGAGAUGUAACUUUGCAGCUCCACAAAUGCAGCGACGACUCACAUAUCCACGUUUGAUACCUCGCUCUGUUGAUGCCCCCACGCUCCAUCAGGCUUAACUUCAAACGAUCCCACAACCUGUGCGUGGUGUGGUACCCAACAUUCAGUUGCUGGCCGCAUAACUUGUCCGCGGCGUGGAUCUAGACUAGAAAGUCAUGCUGGAGCAUUCUCAUGCUUGAUCUUCAUCACACCGCAGGGAGUGUAUGCGGAGACAAGUCGCAGGUCAUUUAUCACUUGUCAGCCUUUGAAGGUGAAUUCCGCGUAUCGACGAGCGCCGCCACCACUGAGCAUUUGGCUGAGCUAGCCUUAAAUGGACCAUGGGACCAGCCAAAGCACGUCUUUGCCCCAACAACACGGCUCGUGGCAAAGCAGAACAAGGCACAUCCUUAAUGGGUCUCGGGGGCUGCAUCGCCUAAUAUCAAAUAGGGGUAAUGGAAGGGUGUUUGCUCCCCCAAGCGCAACCUCGCUGCUGUUGGCAGGAAAGGCGCGUCUGUGGAAAACGCGCGGGGGUCUCCACACUGCGGGCGGGAGUGACGCCGCCGGACCCGCAGCGGUCCCAGGUGGAAAUAUUCUCGACCUUCUCAUAUCACGACCCAUCAUUCUGGUUCUCCUAGCCGCGCGUACGCGCUGGCCUGCCACCCAGGAACAGCCACGUAACCCAGGCGUGUGA